GAUCACCUGUCGGCGUGCGGGAGAGUCUGGGCAGGUUUAUUGUAACCCACCGCGCAGGUUCGCCCAGUACUUCACUUUUUCAAGCAACUAAGUAAGACUACUCGCUUCAGUUAAACAUGAGUAGGUCUGUCACUUUAAAAGUUAAGAAUCCUUUUAAGACCAAGUCACCGGACAAAGAGGCCAAGGUACCGAAACAGUCCGAUUCGGUCAACGAUGGAGCAGACGCCACCGGGACUUCACCCGCGGGCCACGGAGACAGCGUCACAUUGCCCGGUGACACUUUGCUUAUUUCGCCGAAGGAAAAGAAGAAAAGGCGAAUGCUGUCGUUCAGGUUAAAACGCAAAAAAUCCAAGAAGAAAGACGACACAGGAGGAGAGGAGUUGUUAUUCUCGGAUGAGCUGAAUAGCUUCAGCAGUGACAUGAGCUAUGACCAGAUGAGCGUGUCCACAAUGAGCUCUCUACAGACUGAGUCAGACUGGGACCCUUAUUCAGACUCCAACUCCAUGAUCUCCUUUAAUAUGAGUCAAUCAGGAAGCCCUACUUCACCCUCCAAGCACUUUAAGAAUUCCGAGGAGAAAAAGGGAGUGUUGGAACGUCUCAGCCACUUCUUCAGCCCUAAGAAACGGAAAAGCAAGGGCAGUCAGACCUCAGACCCUGCAGUCAAUGCAAGUUGUCCUGAGUCCCCAACAUCCCCCUUUUCUCCACACUUGGCCCCUCUCGCACAGGAAGAUGGCUUGAAGACUCCUACUCCCUCUCGAAAAAAUGAGAGGCCGACAGAGACAGACCUAGCAGGAAUGGAACAUGGCGACACGUUUAGCCAAACAUCCAGUCCCAGCGUUUCAAGCGGGGCUUCUUCAUUGACGGCUGAAGGAGAUGUUUCUUUUGUGGGGUCUUUCAGCAGUGGCCAAAGCAGUGUCCGAGAGGUUUUUAUGUGCAGGGUGAGCCCCACCGGUAGUGAAAGGAAUUCAGGGAAUGUCACCCCAACUACUCUGGACUUUGCAAGCACCCCUUUUCCAUGUGCUGAUUCAAGCUCAGAGGUAGGCUUUGCAGACUCAGUGGUGGAGGAAGUAAGCAAGAGGCUGCAGAUGAAUUUAGAAGAAUUGACUGUGAAGAAAGCAGAUGGUUUAAGUGUUACCCUGACCAGCUUACCAACACUGGAAACCAAGGAUGCAGCCCCUAAAUCGCCAAACUUAAAAUCUAUAAGCUUAGGGACAAAUAAAACUUCAGUUAUAUUUGGAGAAAAGGGUCCCAGUAUGACCCUCAAAGGAAUAACUUUGGGUUCUCAAUCAUCAACUUCUCAACUAAUCCCGACUCAACAGGAGGGUCCUCGAGAUGCCGAGAGUGACAAUUCAGCAAAGAGCCCUUCACUGGAAAAAGAUCAAAUACCCAUUUCUCCUGCGCAACUCUACAAGGCCAUAUUAGUGGAAAUUUACCUGGAAGAGGGGGAGAGAAAAGAGAAGGAGGAGAUGAAUCAGGGGGGUAGGACAACGGAAGGGGAGGAGAUCUUUAUACCUCUUUCGCCUCCUGUACUGGCCAUACCUGUAACAGUAUUUCCAGAGGAUGAGUCGGUUACUGAGGAGGACACAAACAGCCCGACCCCCUCCCCCUCACAGACUUUACUUCCCAUUAGCAGCUUGCCAGAAGUCUCUAUGUCAACUACUAGAGAUUUGCAAGCUACUUUAAGGCCGCCAGAUGAGCCUGACCCUGGCAUCGACUCAAACAAACACCCUUUUCAGGGAAAACAAAGGUCGAAAGGAGCUUGCUUUACACGCAAGACUGUGAAUUUGCCUUCGAAGCCCAAGGAUGUGGCCCAUGAAGCGCCCGUUAGCCUGAAGUUAAAUUUGGUCGUGAACGAGCAUGUGGGAGAGGACAGCGGCACAGACUCUGCUACAAAAGCAAAAUUAUCGGAGCACCUUCAAAAUAAUAAUGAGGAAAGCAGGCAAGCGGAUGUCACAUCAUUCACAGCAACAGAUGAGUCUUUAGACUCGAACACUCCUGGACAUUUAGUUCAAGAAGAAACAGUCUCUGAAGCAUCUGAUUUGGAUGAUAGACCAGAUAUGCACAGAGUCAAAUCACACACUGUGGGAUCUAAGAUAAGAGGUAAUGGGGCAAAGCAAGCAACAACCUCUAAACCAGGAGUUAAAGUAGCAGUGGAGAGUCUGCGUGCUACUGGAAGUGAAACAAGGCCCUUAGCAACAGCAGUGGGCGGCAAGGCCAAAAAUGUGACAACAAAAGCAAAGGGCUCCACGGAGGACAUAAACGUUGCAGCAUCCAAUGAUAUACCACCUCUAAAGCAACAAAGCAAUGGGAAAACCGGUUCUGUGAUAACACCAUUAAAAGACAAAUCCACUAGUGGUAUCCCAAAGUCUAAAAUUCCCCAAAGGCAAAUAUCAGACAAUAACACAACAUCAGUAUCAACAGAAAAAACACUGAUUUCAGGGGGCACCACAUCCGCCUCCAAAUUACAGGAAAUCGUAAGAACAGCCAAUGAAUUGUUGAAAUCUGUGAAUUCUACAACCAAAAGUGUCCAGAAGCCCAUUUCUGAAGAGGCUAAGAGAGCAAACGCUAAGUCAGCCGACAGAGAAAACGUUGUGGAAGGACAGGCAAAAAAUGAUAUCGAUAUUGAACUUAUGGACUCUGUAAAUUUAGUAAAUGGUUUAGAGGAAUACCAAGAAGAAAAUACUAAAAUAGAACAGCUCCUGGAUGGAGAAGACUUAAAUUCCAAAAAGAAGGACACACAUACUUCCUUGAUAUCAAAAAGCCGGCUGCCUGUUUCAUCUCCGACAAGAAAAUGGAAUAAUGACAUUUCUAAAAUGACUGAAACCAACAAGAAAUUCACAUCUCCUCAAGCGGACUCUGACAAGAGCAAACGAGCCCAGAAGUGCCUAGAACAGCAGGAACUAGGACAUGAGGAAAGACGUGCCAGUAAGACACCUCCUCCCUCUGGAAGUCCAAAGAAAGGCAUCCCAUCACUGAAACCAAUAAGACACAUCUCAAAGACACCAGUUGUGACCAAUCAAGAUAAAGAAGAUUCAAAGCUUGUGGAACAACACCUAAAGACUCCAUUUAUCAGUUCUGUGCCCUUAUCUCCAAGCAAACUUCCUACAAGAAGCCAGAGUGCUCACAUUGGUAAAUUGAGACAUCAUCAAAAUUCCCCAAAAGACAAUUUGUCAAGCAUGUGUACAUCUAAAGAUCCCAAUGUACGUUUGAAGUGUUACACAGAGACAUUUGUCAAACCAGCACCCAGUACUGUUGCAGGUUGUUCUAAAGACUGUACCACUGAUGGUGAAGAAGUACCUAGUGAGACAAUUGCAUGUAAAUCAUAUACCAGUGAAACCAAAAAGAAAGUGACAGCCGCACAGGGGUUUGAAGAGGCCCUAAGUAGUCCUAAAAGAAACAUUUCAAAGACAAUAGUCCUUAAUAAUGAGAAUACAAUUGUUAAAAUAAAACUUGAAAACAAAGGUAAGCCAGUAAAAGAAGAGGCACACAGUACAAAGACUAAUCGGCAAGUAGAAGAGCAUGAUGUACUGCAACAACUGAUGUCAGAGUCUUCUGAAAAUGUGGCUCAUUUUGAAAGUGACCGCUCUGCACCACAAACACCACAGAUGUCCUCAGAAAAUGUAAAGGACAACUGCCUUUCGGAGACAGCCCAGCUUACAAAUAGCACAGAACUCGGGUCUAUUCGGGAAAAGGGUGAUUUAGAACCACAGCCUGUGAAAUCUGCCUUUGAUGACAUAAUUCAGCGUGACAUUGUUAUACACUCUCACCAAGAUGGUGGUUCCGUUGAUGGAUCGGUUACACUAACUUCUAAAGAAAAUGCAAAUGUCUGUUCCGCAGAGUCUGCAUCAAAAGGUCAUAAAUCUGUCAUUUUGUUAGAUAAAAUAAAUAAUACAAUGCAGGAUUGUGAAUUAUUUGAGAAGACAGAUAAAGUUCCUAAAAAGAAUAUUUCACCACCAGCACACACCUUAUGUGGAACAAAAACUGUGGCAGGAGAGGAGAAAAGUAAAGAGGAAGUUUGCAAGAAAUCAGCAACGACAAUGGACACAGACACUGAAGCUCUUAGUGAGGCCCCUAAGAAUGUUGAAUAUCAGCUGGAUAAAGAGCCUCUUUUACAAGCAAAAAAAUCUGAAAGAGAGGCAGAAGAAUCAAAGUCAAAUGAAAAGCUGAAUGAAUCUUCAGUCAUGGGCAGCGACUGCAUUGUGGCUUUAACCACAGGGAAUGAAUCAGAGACACCUCAUGAAUCAACUAAUCUUACAUCAGAUCAGGAAUAUUUACUGCCAGCUUCAGAAACAAAAAGAGUAAACACCCUAAAAAAGAAACAGAUUGAAGCACUGACAACAGUAAAAAUGAAUGAAGUCCGUCAACAUACAACCAAAAUGGCUGAUUCCAAAGAAAAUACUGAGAAUUCUGUGAAGGACAAGUUCACAUGUAUGGCUGGGGAACUUCUACAGCAGAUGAAAGUAACAGGGAAAGAGCAACUGGAACCCAAGUUACCUUUAACCAAGGAUAAGGGAGCCAGGCGUAAAAAUCAGGACAAACACGGUCAUGUUGAAAAGGCCUGUCAAAGUGAAACUAAGACAACUGAAUUAACAAAAGAAGAAAGUGGAACAAUGGAUUCAUUGAUGAAAAGUUCACAAACUAAAAGUACCAUUUGGACUACUAUCUUUGAAGUUAGCAACCAAGAAGACAAGAAGUCUGUGGGCAAAAUAGAUAAGAGCAGUAAAAAAACAGAUGAAAAUGCUGAUCAAGCAACAGAAUCAAUUACUGAACUACCACAGGAAAGCCCAAAUGGUGACACAGAUGCAACACAGGGAAUUAAAGAACUUCAAAUUAAAAGUUUGGAAGAAGACACUCUAGAAAAAACAGAAAAUGUAAAAGCAGAUGGUCCAGAAGUCACAGCACAAGAUACCAAAAAGACUACGUUGUCCACAAGUAAAACUGAAAGUGUUCAAAGUGACAUAAAACAGAACAAACAAAGGCUUAAAGUGGAAAUAUGCAACCGAGAAAAUGAGAAGAUGAUGAAUGCCAAGCAAAACAUAGAACAGAAGGAUGGAGAUCAAAAAAAAUAUAUAGAUUGCUUGUCUGAUAAGAAUGCGAAAACAACCAAAGAAGAGAAAACAAAUCUAACACUUGAUGUUGAAAAUAAUAGAGCAGCUAAAGAUCUCAGUGGUUCCAAACAACUGUCAAAAACAGCACUCUGUAGUGCCUCCCCUGCCCCCACUUCUCUGAAAACAUCCACUCCACCUCAAAGUCUUCCACUCAAAGUGUCACCAUCUAGCUGGUUGGACGUGGAACAUCAUGGCAAGCAGAAAAAGAACAGGAGGAGGCCCGAUGCCUCAGCCAGUGUGGAUGAAUCUGUUCAGCCUGACGAAUUUGAGCAUUUCAUCAAGAGCACUAAAGCAGGGGGCAUUCCGUUCUCACUGCCUCCUAAGAAGCACUCCCGUAUGAAGUCCCCAUCUCCUCCCUUUGCCAUGCCAGCCAUUCGGGAGGAUCAUUUUGAGAAAACAUUAGACCCUGAAUAUUUCCAGUUUGGCUUAAAGAAGAAAGGAAAAGGUUUAAAGGACCUUUCACCUGCUAUGAUGCUACAACAAAACGCAGCUAAACGGGAAGGACUCGCCCUGGAAAAAACCCAUGGACCAAUUGAUUCCACAUCCUCACAAAAAGAGGAAGUGGAAUCCCUCAAUGAGAUAAAAGAUCAAGUCCAACAGGGGGUAAAGAUUGAUCAAAACAAUGGCGAGGUGCCUGAGAAGCCAAAAUCCAGACUACAAAGGAUAUCCAUACUUUCUGGCUUACUUCGUUCUCCUUACACCAGUAAGAGGAACAAGGAAGAAGUAGCCUCUGACCUAAAUGACACUUUUUCAUCCAAACAACAACAGAACCUGCACUUGCUUGGAAAACAGGAAACAGUUAAUUCAACCUUUCCUGAAGUUGAAUCAGAUAAGAUGGGUGUGACAGGGAGAGGCGCAAGCGCAGCUGUGAGUGGUGGUGAUGGUGCCGCCAUUGAGUCAACACCUAGUCCCUCCCCCGCUCCUCUGACUUCAGUCCCACAAAUCAAACUGCUUGAUGAUGGGGAGAAAAACCUCAAAGACGAAGGAGAGAAAGAGUUUGGCCAGAAGUUCACAAAGACGCCUCAAACUACACAGAAUUCAGAGGGACAUAGUGCGAUGGACCAGACUCAAGCCAAUAAUGCUGUGCUGCCUCCACCCAGCAAAAUCAUCCCAGAGACUCCUCGACAGAAAAAGUCUAAGACACCUGUGGUGAGAGGGUUUCACAAAAGACCUGGCAAGUUGUUAAUACAUGAACAUGAGGAGUUUGGAGGAAACAUGUAUGAACUCUACUGUGACAUCGAGGACGCUACAGGAAUGAAACUGUCACAUGUCAUCUCGGUGCAAGUCAUCAGAGGAUGUUGGCUCCUGUAUGAAAUCAAGGGCUUCCAGGGUCGUGUCAUUGCCUUGGAGGAGGGCCAAACAGAUCAAAUACUUAACAUGUGGGCAGAAGAUGGAGCCCCUAUGACCAUGGAUGAAAAGGGUCACCCUGUAUCAACAACACCCAUGGUCAUCGGUUCUAUUCGAUUGGCAGUAAAGGAUUAUAGCCUACCAAGAAUUGACCUGUUUACAGAAGUCAAUGGCUUGGGAAGGAUGUCAUCUUACUGUGAUGAUACAGUGGAAAUUGGCUCCUAUAGGCUCCCACAGGUGACUGGUUCCAUCAAGGUCCAUUCUGGAGUCUGGCUUGUGUACAGUGAUCCAGGCUUUGGAGGGUUUGUCGGCGUGCUGAACGUGGGCGAGUUUCCCCACCCUGAGUCCUGGGGUUUCCCUCAGCCAUUUGUUGGCUCUCUCAGACCUCUCCGAAUAGGAGCGAUAAAGGUGGAACAUCCCAAAGAAGUCAAGGCACUCGUCUUCGAAAAGCCCAAUUUUGAAGGGGAGUGUUUAGAAGUGGAUGGUGACUUGUAUAACUUAAGUGAGGAAGAGGGAAAAGAAGAACCAGGCACUCCACAUGAAACUAAGAAAACUACCUCUACAGUGGGGUCCCUCAAGAUACUUGGUGGUCUAUGGGUUGGCUAUCAAGAAGCUGAUUUUGAGGGUCAGCAGUACAUCCUGGAGGAAGGGGAGUAUCCGCACUGUCGUGACUGGGGUGGAGCUGAGGAUGGUCUCCUCUCUUUGCGCCCCAUUUGCACUGACUUCCUGUCCCCGCACAUUAAAUUGUUCAGUGAGCCCAACUUGAAUGCACUGGGGCUCAGUGUGGACCUGAUGGGUCCCGUUGUCAACAUAGAGGAGAUCGGCCAUGGCACCAAAACCCAGUCCGUCAAUGUCCUAAGUGGAGCAUGGGUGGCAUUUGAAAAUCCUGGAUUCAGUGGUGAGCUCCACAUCCUAGAGAGAGGCCUGUACACAAAUCCGGAGGACUGGGGUGCCCAGACCUUUAAAAUAGCAUCCAUCCAACCAGUCUUCAAUGACUCAUUGAUGAACUCCAAGUUCAAGGUGAAGCUGUUUACUGAACCCAACUUCCAGGGUAAACUGAUGGUCCUGGAAGACAGUGUAACUGCUCUUGGUGAGGACUUUGUGACCAGGUCCUGUAAGGUCUUGGCUGGCAGCUGGAUCGCGUAUGAAGGCGGUAACUUCACAGACAACAUGUACUUGCUUGAGGAGGGAGAAUACCCCGACACUGAGUUCAUGGGCUUCCCAUCCUCAGAUGUGAGGGUGCGCUCCAUGCAGACCACUGGGCAUGAGUUGUCCCUGCCCUCAAUUCUGCUAUUCAGCAAAGUUGGCUGUCGAGGUCGGAGGUCGGUGCUGACUAAAGGGGCUGUGAACAUGCACCAGGCAGGCUUGGGUGCUCACAUACGCUCCCUGGUGGUGGAAGGAGGAAAGUGGCUUUUGUAUGAAGGCAGCAACUACCGCGGCCGACAGGUCAUGCUCCAGUCGGGACAAGUGGUGGACUGGUGCAUGUUCAGCGGCUGGAAAGGAGUUGGGUCUCUACGCCCGCUGUUGCAGAAACAGAUUUGUAUCCGCCUGCGGAACAAAGAGACAGGUUGUGUGAUGUCGUUGACGGGGGCACUGGAAGAUAUCCAGCUGAUGAGGGUGCAUGCUGUGGAGGACACAGGAGGGGUGGAACAGCUCUGGCUCUAUCGUGACGGACAACUUACCUGCAAGUUGGCUGAGGACUGUUGCCUGGAGACGGCGGGUAAUGUGGUGAUGGCAGGAAGUCGACUGUGCGUGUCUCCUGAGAGAGGCAAAGACAACCAGCUGUGGAACAUCACCUCAGAUGGUUUAAUUUGCUGCCACUUUCAUCCUGACCUGGUCUUAGAGGUCAAAGGAGGUCUUCAGUACGACAAGAACCAGGUGAUCCUCAACACGUUCGAAGAGGGAAAACCAAACCAAAGAUGGACACCGGAGAUCUUGUGAUAUGAGCAGCCGUUCUGCGGCCAGCUCCACUAAUGGACUUUUGGUCCCAGUGACGCAGCUCCACCGCAGGACUCACUUCACUCAGACCGAGUGGGACUUUGCACAAUCAUUCUGCACUCUUGUAGCAUUUGGACCCUCCGUAAGGAGGUUCACCAUGUUCUGGUUUUAGAUUUAACAUUAAUUUAACACUUCUAUUUAAUUUCAUUGAUAUUGUUGUUUUAGUCUUUUAUUUAGCUACGCACGUCUCUUUUACAUGUUGAUUGUCAGCCCUGUUUCAAUGCUGCAUACCUCUUGUCAACUUUUGGUACUUUUCUAACCUAAGGUGUCUGUUUCCUCAUGUUGAUGGAAGUCCAUUCUCCCAAAGAUAUUUUGUUUUUGAUACUACUAAUAAUAUUUCAUGUGUUGUAAAUUUUCACAUUGAGUUUCAAAUGACGCCUUUACCUGCUGUUGUAAAUAUGUAAACAAAAACGGGUUGAAGAACACUUAACAUUUAAUUGUAUCAUUUUAGGCAUGUAAAAUGCUCGAUGCAGGUUCAAUUCCCAGUUGGCGCCCCAACAACAUCCAGCCAUGGCAGGUGUGUGAUUAAAGGGUUAAAUCCAGCUUGAAAACUAAGCUAAACAAAUGAGGCAAUUGACUCACUGUGAGGACCUCUAAUGGGAAAAUCUGGAAGACAAUGUUUUAGCAAAAUAAGCUUAAGCUGUGGCACAAAGUAAUAACUGACUUUUUAAUCAUUGGCCACAAUUAAAUACAAUUAAGGUCAGUGGAUGUUGCACUGAAUUUAGCAUCAAUGUAGGUGAAAGUGCUGAAUACCACCAUUGAAUUAUUUAAUGCUAAUUAGGGGUGUCCUUUUCACUUCCUGUACGACACCAAUAACAAUAAGAGCACCAAUCAUACAUAAUCGUACUAUUUUCUAGUACGGACUGUUAGAAAGGUUUAAGUGAAAUUACCUAAACAGAAUAGUAUAAAAAACAAUCCCCUAUUUAUGGACUUAUGCUGUCUCUAAGUUGAAUUGGUCUUUUUUUUUUUUUUUUUGGGCAACACCCAGUGGCCACGAUAAUUAAGUGAAGGUCAUGAUAAGAGUAAGUUCAGCGAUGGGGACACAUUUGUUACUCUAUACUUUCUAAUAUACAUCUUCCUUGGAGACUUUGAGUCGGUGAGUAAUAUGCAACUUGUUUGUAAUGACAAAUGUGUUUUAGACUGCAAAAUUGUACAACCAAAGCAAAGUCAUGACGUGGGGCGGUAUAGCCCGGUUGGUAGAGCGGCCGUGCCAGCAACUUGAGGGUUACAGGUUCGAUCCCCGCUUCUGCCAUCCUAGUCACUGCCGUUGUGUCCUUGGGCAAGACACUUUACCCACCUGCUCCCAGUGGCUCCCACACUGGUUUAAAUGUAAAAAUUAGAUAUUGGGUUUCACUAUGUAAAGCGCUUUGAGUCACUUUGAGAAAAGCGCUAUAUAAAUAUAAUUCACUUCACUUUACGUAUGUCUAGCUUGUGUACCUUUUGUAAACAAUUUGACUAAAAUUCAAGAAAAGACCAA